AUGGCCGAUAAGAAACUGAAAGCCAAAGAAUUAAAGCGAAAAAACGUCGUAGAAGGAUUGAAGCGCAUAGAGGAUUUCUUGAAGAAGUAUGAUCCAACCCAGCAUGCCCGGGAAGUCGGUUUGAGAUUGGAACGAUUGGAGAAACUGAUGGAAGUCUUCGAAGCAGUUCAAUCUGAAUAUGAGCUGCUCGAUGAAACGGAAGAAUUCAUGAAGGGGAACUUGGAGUGUCGUGCUAAGAUCGAGGAACAAUAUUUCCGCGUAAAGGCUGGUUUGUUGACGAGAAUGCCCGAGGUUGCCACACCGUUAUCGCCCGCUGUAUCCUCUAUGAAUGUACAACCGCCCACUUCGUCUCCGCUAUCUAAUGUGAAGUUGCCCACGAUCACGUUACCGGAAUUUACCGGCGAUUUUAAUGAUUGGCUUACCUUUCAUGACACAUUUGUGUCGAUGAUUCAUACGUCGAACGAGAUUUCAUGCGUGCAGAAAUUCCACUAUCUCAGGGCCGCAUUGAAAGGAGAGGCUGCGAAUUUAAUUCAAUCGAUCACAAUCACCGCCAAUAACUACGCUGUAGCUUGGGAAACGCUAGUACAACGAUAUUCCAACAAGAUUUUGUUGCGGAAGAAACAUAUUCGGGCGCUUUUGAAGUAUCCCAAGAUACCCAAUCAUUCCGUCGAAGCUUUACACAAAAUAGUGGAUGAAUUUCAGAGGCACACGACGGUGUUAGAGCAGCUAGGCGAACCUAUCGCCCAGUACAGUUCCAUAUUAAUGGAAAUUCUGGAGGACAAGUUGGACGACGCCUCUCUAGCGGCUUGGGAGAAUCCAUUUCAUCGGAUCAGCAGCCAACAGAAGCUGCAGCAGCUGCAGAAAAGAGCUCGUGUAUUGGAGACCAUUCUCAUUAAUCGACCAAAUCCGUCGUCGUUAUUAUCGAAGCCCGCGGCUGGAAGUUCAGGAAGUAAGAAGCACUAUCAUCCCCGCCUGAAUAUUAACGCUGCAGUAACGGACGGAGCAUCUGGAAAAAUAUUUCCAAUGUGCCCUGCUUGCGAGAAGCAAAAACAUCCGCUCGUGGAUUGCGCUGUGUUCAAUGGAAUGAAUGUGGCAGCUCGAUUGAAGGUGGUGUAUGAUAAACGACUCUGUAGUAAUUGA